CCAAUUGGAUUGUGCGAAACUACGUGUUUGGAGUACACGACACGGAACAGUUGUUUGCCAUUCUUUGCUGAAGUUAACAAAGCUCUGAAUGAGACGGGGGAAACUGGGGAUCUCGAUGCGUACACAGAUUGUUCAGCAAACCAUUCGUUCUUGAAAGGUGCUAACGAGUCAACAAAUACCUGCUACCAAGUAUUGACUGGGAUAGAAACACACCCAGAAAGCACGACUGGAGUUGUGACUACAGCCUACGAGGUGUCGGUGACUCAAAACGACGUAACGAGAGAAGGAGACAAUAUGAGAAACAUUGCACUGGCCUAUGUUCUCCCGUCAGUGUGUGCGGCUGUGGGGACUUCUAUCGUUGUCCUGUUGGUACUCUCCGGGUGCUACAUACGGAGAUUGAGAAAGAGGAGCAGAUGCAUGGGAGUAACCCUAGCAGGAGAUUCCUAUUCACACACAAAUGCAUUUCCACAGUUGCUGGGAGUUAGAGAAAUAUAUUCAAAUCGAUACACCGUUCCUCAUUGCGCCAGUGAAGAUGAUAGCCGUGAAGUAGAGCGAAGCAUACUCCCUGUUACGGCCAGUACAACUGCUACAUCGAGUGGAGCGAGCAACACGACGGAAAACUCGGCCGUUUUUCAACUCGACUUGGCCGACUGGGCUGCAGUCGGCGAAGGAGUUCUUAUUCCAUUCGAACGCGUCACCAUCACAGGGCACCUUGGAGAAGGUGCUUUUGGAUAUGUUGUAAAAGGUCUCCUGAAGGACGUACAUGUGAAUGGACGAGAAUACCACAUGCCAGUUGCCAUGAAAACCCUCAAGAAUUGCGCAUCUUAUGCCGAAAUGCGUGGUCUUUUGGUGGAGAGCUCCCUCAUGCACUCAUUCAGUCAUCCCCACAUUCUGAGUCUGCGUGGACUCUGUCUCAAUCCCAAGUCUGGUGCUCCGUACCUCGUAAUGCCGUUCAUGGAAAACGGAGACCUCAGAAAGUUCCUUCGCAAAAAAGCCGACUUGACCGAUGGAGGCGCUUCCAUUACUUCUUAUCCUCACGUAUGCUUGAGCUGUUAGUAUUAUUAUUAUGCUUGUGUUUCAGUACCCACUUUUUGCAACUUUGCACAUGCGUA